AUGAUCGAUGAGUUGGCACACAGGGCACACGCAGCACCAAUAGACAUUCUUAAUUGCGAGACUAAGCCUUCCGCCUGUAUGGGCAGAGCCGACACAGUGGUUUGGCUUAAUAAGCGUAAUAAGUUCCUUUUGACCGCGAUUCCAAAGAACAAAGAAAUCUCGUGCACAAUCUGAGCCUGACUGAUCUGACCGAGCAGCAGAGGUUGACUUGGUACUCGACCGACAGUGACGUGAAGAUGUGUCUGGUGAAGGGCACGCCCGAGGAGAAUUGCCAGAACUACAUUCGCAUCCUCGUCAAGACGGACACGAACACGUUGCUGGUGUGCGCGACGAACGCGUUCAAGCCAAUGUGCCGUGACUACGGGGUACACGCCGGCAAUUAUACGAUCCUGAAGGAGAAGGGCGGCCAAGCGAUGUGCCCGUACGACCCUCGCCACAACAGCACCUUUGUCUACGUGGACGGUGAACUUUACACCGGCACGGUGGCCGACUUCGCGGGAAUGGACCCGAUCAUCUACAGGGAGCCGCUGCAAACCGAGCAGUACGACUCCAAAAGCCUAAACGACCGUCUACUCUCGCGUGGCGAGAGUCUGUAAAUAUGAUCGAGGUGGUCCGCAUCGAUAUCGUAACAGAUGGACUUCGUUCCUAAAGUCUCGUCUGAAUUGCUCCGUCACCGGAGACUUUCCUUUCUACUUCAAUGAGAUACAAUCAACGACGGAACUGAUAUCGGGCCAGUACGGCAAUAAGUCGGCGCAGCUGAUUUACGGCACGUUCACCACGCCGGUGAACAGCAUCAGCGGCUCGGCCGUAUGCGCCUUCUCCUUGCAGGACAUCACCGACACGUUCAAGGGCAACUUCAAGGAACAGAGCGCCAUCAACUCGAACUGGCUGCCGGUGCAGAGCACCAAGGUGCCGGACCCGAGGCCUGGCCAGUGCGUCAACGACUCUAGAUCUCUGCCGGAUCUCACUCUCAAUUUUAUCAACACGCACUCGCUUAUGGACGAGUUGGUGCCGAGCUUCUUCGGCCAGCCCAUCGUCAUUCGCACCAGUUUCCAAUUCACACAGAUCGCCGUGGAUCCACAGGUGAAGACACCCGGCGGUAAGACGUACGACGUGCUGUUCAUCGGCACGGACAACGGAAAGGUGAUCAAGGCGGUGAACGCCGAGUCGGCGGACACUCACCUGAAGGUGAGCCCAGUGGUGAUCGAGGAGAUCCAGGCGUUCCCGUCUACGGUGCCGGUGCGCGGCAUCAAGGUGGUUAGAGCGUCGCAGGCCGGCGACGGCCUCGAGGAUGGCAGGCUGGUCGUGAUCGCUGACAGCCAAGUGCAGGCCCUCAGGUUGCAUCGGUGCUACAGCGAUAGGAUCUUGUCGUGCGGCGAGUGCGUGGCCCUGCAGGAUCCGUAUUGCGCCUGGGACAAAGUGGAGGGCAAGUGCCGAGCCCUGGUCGGUCCCGCGGCCACGGACGCGGUCAGGUUUCUGCAGAGCGUGGCUACCGGACUCCACGCCUCGUGCCCGCCGAGCAAAAUUCUCAACAAAGACGCGAGCAGCGUCGGCGCCAUCUCCGCCAACCAGAACAAAUUCCCGCAGGACUCGAUGAUACCGAACAAGGAGGGCCAAGGUGGGGAGAUCAUUAAUAUCAUGCAGAACGAGGAACAGGAUAAUUCAGGUCCGGAAGUAUCGGCGGCAGAUUCCCCACCGCCCCAGUAUUCUGUAGAGACGCUGGUGAUGGCCGUGGUAGCUGGCGCGUUGGCGGCUCUGUUGGUCGGCUUUGUCGCGGGCUACUUGUGCGGUAGGAAAUGUAGGAAAGACGAGGACGAUAAUCUACCGUAUCCGGACACGGAGUACGAGUACUUUGAGCAGCGACAAAACGUAAACAGCAGGUUAGCGCCAGAGCCGAAACUACUGCCCCAGGAGGAGGUGACAUACGCGGAACCGGUGCUGGUGCCGCAGCCUCCGAAGCUCCACUCGCCGAAAGGGACGAUGAGAAAGCCGCCGCCGACCCCCACGGAAACGCUGUUCCAGUUCCCGGACGGGUACGGCUUCCGCGGCCCGAGGGACAACUUCGGCACCCUACGAUCGCACCAGGGCGACGCGUAUCGACGCAACGACGGGUUCGCGACUACCCGCAGCGUGAAGAAGGUCUAUCUCUGAGAAACGAGCGAGGAGGGAGGUGGCCGUCACCGGAGCUUAGGACGGCCAGCGCGCAAUCGGCACAACGCGACCACAGCGGCCAGGAGUAGUCGCGCUGUGACGUCCGGGGGACAGUCGAACCGGGAGCUCGCAGGCCCGAGGGCGCUCGAAUCGCCCUCGCCACCCUCGAGCGUCUCGUCCAGUUCCCCGUCUCCUCCCUCCUCGUCACCUUCGCCGACCCUCGUACCGAUCGCCAUGAGCGGCAGCGGUUCGCCACCACCGCCGACGCCGCCCUGCAGCUACAUCUAUCGAUCAUAGUCGUCGUCGUCGUCGGCGUCGGCCUCCUCGCCGCCGCCGUCGUACUCUGCUUCUUGUUACGCGACGCCGGCAGCCGGCACCCCGUUCUACACUCCGGCUGCGCGUUCCGAUCCUGUAUAGUGUAGAGGCGUGUGACCGCUUACCACUAACUUUCCCCUGUUUUCUGUUCCCCUUUUGUUGCGCGUUCUUUUCCGCAAUUUUUUCCCCCUCCCCCGCUCCUUUUUCACUUGAUCCUCGUCCUCGGUUGCCUUUCCAUCAAAUCGUCGGAACACAGCCGGGAAAAAACGCGCGUCGAUCGAGCGAGUUCACGCGCCUCCGGUCCCGUUGGACAACGACGUACGUGAUUCCUCUCCGGAGAAAUGGACUGCUGUUCCAUAACCAUAAGGUUUGGAGAGAAAAUUCAAAGAAAGAAAAAGGGAAACGCCGACCGCCGGUCGAGAUCUCAGGCUCGAUCGGUUGCAAGGCAGUUGUAGGCCCUUGAAACGAAACUGCGUCGCGAUCUCCGCCGUUUUUAUCGAUCGUGGCGUGUAUAGCGCGAUACGGCAAACCACGCGUAGUAUUACGGCUUCAAGGUUACUUCUCGUGAAGUCAAUUAAAAGAGACUAUCGUCGGACUCGACUUGCGAUUUUUCUAAUGUUGUAAUAUUUAAACGCGAGUGAUUGACAGUGCCAUUAUUGUUCGCGUAAUACUACCGCGUGCGUCCGAACUAAAUGCCGAGCCCCGGUGCUCGCGUUAUUUCUUUCAUUCGCCCGAGCCUUCUCGAUGAAAAAAAAGAGAGGCGGACAAUCUCUGUGGAUCUCGGUCGGUCGUCGACCACGGAAUCAACGCCAGAAGAAAAAACGAGAGAUGCGUGCGCAUACGUACGCAUACAUAUAUACAUACACAUACACCGUGCGUUGGACUUUGAUCACCGGGCACCGCCGUGCCAUAAAACGUUCGAUCUCGUAAAAUCGCGGAGAUCGUCACGUCGUCUUUACGACGCGCGUUCGUUAAUCAAGCGGAGGCUCCGCUGAAGCGCCAGCUAGUUCGGCGAGAUGGAGAUUCCCACGGCCGAUUCCUAAUUUUCGUCGUACGUUUCCGAAACGCGCGUUUCACAACCUGCACAUAUACGUAAUACGUAGAGAGCAAAAACGAGGUAGAGAAAGAGAGAGAGAGAGAGA